AGUCAGAUGUGUCGAAUGGCCUCAGUGGACUAAGUAAAGCUUUCUUGGAAACGCUGAACCAUAGCAGAGAUAUCAGCCAGAUUGAGUUUGCACUUGAAGCUAUAGGAGCCAGUGAGAGCAAGCUCAACAACAUUCAGGACAAUAAGAACCUCGUUGAGGACCUAGAGGACCUGGACGAUGCUGAGAACUUUGUGAACAAGAAACUCACUAAAGGAGAACGCAUGUUCAACGAAUUCGAAAGGAAAUAUUUCAAGAAAGUCAUCAAGAAAAGACGUGAGGUUGACAGACAGAAGAGGCAGAAACAUAUUCAAAAACACUUCAUAACUCAGAAAUUAUAAUAAACAGCAUGUUUACGCUGAUGAGCAAGAUAAAAAAGAAAACUUUGUACCAGGAAGGAUUUGGUUUAUCUCUGGAGGAAGAGACUGUGCAAAACAUAACCAACAGUAGUCGACCACCUUUGAAUGGCGCAAACUUUAAACUGGAUGGUCUGAAAAACAAGUCAAUUGGAAACAAAGACCUUGUUAAACUCCAGCUCAGGGUCGUCAAAGGCAACAUCUACAGUGGUGGCGACAACGCCAAGCUCGUCAACUCGCCUGUCGUGAUUGCCCGUGUACAGACAGAGGAUGGUUCUCUCGUGGAAAUUUCAAAGCCAGUCGUCAAACAGACUGACCUGGUGACCUCCCCGUACAAGCUGAUCACACCCCAGUUCAUAAAAGAAGAUGCUGCUAAACUGUUAUAUCACAGAUUGUUCUACAGGAAUCGUCUACUAAAUAUCUGCUUAUCUAUCCUUCCAAUUGCUAACAUCAAACUAGUUUACGACAUGUUUCUUAGAACUGGUAACCCACCUACUGAUAUCACGUAUGACCAUUAUACUUCCUACAAGGCGAAAGAGGGAGAGACCGGAAUCAACUAUUGUAUUCCUGCAGGCACCCUAAAGCGUAUGGGUGUGGUCUAUUUGGGAUUGCGACCCAGACUAAAUGAAGCCGAUCCUGUUUCACGUCCAAAAAGGAGUGUGGAUGUUCAAACGUCUUCAGGAAGCAGCACUAGGACGUCUAAUGAGUCCAGUGUUCUAGAAACUCCAUACAUGUUUCGAGUCAACACAAUCGGAUGUUUCUCAUGGGAUGCACAGAUUGAAGACUGGAAUAGCAACACGUGUGAGUUCUCAAGAGACGAACUUAACAACGAGACGACUUGCGUCUGUCCAGACACAAAGGAUCUGGUGGCGAGCGUUUCGUUUUUCGUGGCGCCAAACAUGAUCGACUUCUCCACAGUGUUCAGCAAGUUUGAUGUUGCAGGCCAGGCAGCAGUAUUGUCAACACUGAUAGUCAUCUUCACACUGUUUGUCAUCGCCGCUCUGUUCUCAAGGUACAAAGACGGCCAGGAUAUUCUUCAGUGGGGCGUGUCUCUGCUGGAAGACAAUUUUCACGAAGAUACUUAUUUCUACCUGAUAACAGUUUACACUGGAAUGAUCAGACAGGGAGGAACCAGGUCUAGAAUCGAGUUCAACAUCUCUGGCGAGAAGGGAGACACUGGUAUCAGAGCUCUUACAGACGGGGUGCGCAAGGAAUUUGGUUCAGGAAGUGUUCUACAUUUCAUCAUUGCGGUGCCUCACUCUCUGGGUAGAUUACAGUGUCUCGAAAUCUGGCAUGACAACUCUGGCAAGGGAAACUGGGCGUCCUGGUAUCUCAACAGAAUAGAGAUCGUCGACCUCCAGACAAAGGAAAGAAAUGAUUUCCUCUGCUAUAAAUGGCUGUCACUGGAAACAGGGCGGAUUGAAACAGCUAUUGGUGCGGGAUGUGCUGAAAGUAUGAAAACCUUCAAAAGAAUGUUCUUUGAACAUGCUAGGCACAGCAUGAUUGAUGAUCAUCUAUGGCUGUCGACCGUAUUGAGACCCGUGAAGAGCCACUUCAGUCGAGUACAGCGAGUUGGUUGCUGUUUGGCUUUGAUUCUUCUGUCCAUGAUUUCAAACGCAAUGUUCUUUCAAGGCAAGGAAUUCAAAGACAGAAAGCAGUCAGUUGACCUUGAACUAGGACCAAUAAAGUUCAAUUUCUCUCAAUUAUGGAUUUCAUUUGUGAGUGCCAUAAUUACGACCAUUCCAGUGUUUGUGAUUAUGCUGCUCUUCAGAAAGUCCAAGCUGAGCAAGAGGCAGGUGGAUGCCAACGAGUACACAACACACUGGAUGCUGCCAUGUUUCAAACGAUUCAAGUUCUACAAGGACAGUGUCGCACUGCAGAAGGUGCUGGUCAUAAAAGAUAUUGUAGAUGACGAGGAUGGUGUCCUGCCUCACUUCUGUGUCUACAUCGGCUGGGUCCUCGUGGCUUUGGCUUCACUGGCAUCAGCCUUCUUCAUAUUUAUGUACAGUGCACAGUGGGGAAAAGACAUUUCUGAAGAGUGGCUUGCCACGUUUUUCUUAAGCUUCUUCGAGUCCAUGUUCAUCCUGUAUCCAUUUAAGAUUUUGAUUCUCUCAAUCAUAUUUGCAAUAAUUCUGAAGAACAUAAAAGUAGUUCAACCCACAAUAUUUGAUUUGGACCAUAUCAAAGCCAUGAAUGCCAAGAAUGGCAAACCAACAGAAACACGAAGACGUUUGGACUACAAACAUCCAUUCUCUCGAUCGCAAAUAAAAGCAGCCAUAACCAAAUGUAAGCAAAAGUCAAAAAUCCAGAAGGCUAUCAGUGAGUUUCUGGUGACUGUUUUCCUCCUCGUUCUCCUCUGCACCAUCUGCUACAGCAACAGGGAUCCCCAUAGCUUCCUGCUACGAACAAACUUGGAGAACCAGCUCAUAUCACCAACUAAACCCCUCAUCAAGUUAUCACAAGUUCACAGUGUUAGACACUAUUACCACUGGCUGAAUUACACAGUGAUGGACGCCAUGUUUCCAGAAGAAAAUUACAACAAAGAGGUGUUAGGAUCUCAGGACAGAUUGUUGAUGUCUGAUUUGAACAAUUUCCGUAUUGGAGCACCCAGACUAAGACUUGUUAGGCAGAGAAAAACUUCGUGUUCCUUGCCGUACGUAGGCAUUGUUAAAUGCAUUCCACGAUAUUCACUGACUACAGCAGAUACUAGGGACUAUUGUGAGGGUUGGAAUUCUACAAAGCCAUGUGACGAAGAUGAAGGGUUGAAGUUAUCAAGUGCAGCUUGGAGUUUCGUACCAGCGUGGAAAAUAUGGGGUAUUCCAAUUACUGGAAGCUUCAACGUGUAUGGCGGUGGUGGAUACAUAGCAGAGCUGGACAUCAGUCGUCCAGUGGCUAAGAAAUCAAUAGCUGAACUGAUAGAAACCAGAUGGAUUGACCGUCAGACAAGAGCUGUGUUUCUAGAGUUCACGGUGUAUUCUACCAAUCUGAACAUGUUCGCUUAUAUCAGUUUGCUAUCUGAGUUUCCAGAAACGGGAUCCCUUCUCCACUACAAAAAUAUAUUCACCUUCAGAAGUUUGCAGCUUACUGGAACUCUGGGCACCUUCACUAUCUUCUGUGAGAUCCUCUUCUUGAUAACUACCGUCAUUUGGGCGGUUGUCAUUGGACUUCGAUUCCUCAAGGAAAGAUGGACCUUCUUCAACCAGUUCUGGAACAUCGCUGAACUCGGCACUGUCGGUUUAUCAUUUUGUGCAAUCGCCUUGUACUUCUACAGGCUACGGUUCACCACAGAAGCCUUAACCAAGUUUAGAGAGAACACUCGCAAAUUCGUCAACUUCUACCACAUUGCAGUAUGGGACAGCAUCUUCAUUUACGUCGUUGCCAUCAUUCUGGCCAUUGUCACCGUACGGCUUAUCAAGGUCAUGGCCUAUAGCAAGUUCACACACACCGUCUUCAUUGUGCUAAAGCAAAGCUCAAAGACUCUCCCGGGAUUCUUUUUCUACAUCAUCUUGACCCUGCUGGUCUUCGCUGUAUUUGGCACGCUGUUCUUUGGCGCAUAUGCGAAGGAAUACAAAGACAUCAUCACAUGUUUGGAGAGUCUCUUCUCUGGCGUUCUGGGUCAUACUGGAUUCACCAAGAUGAACAUCCCAGCAGAGAGCAAUUGGUUUGGCUUUAUAUACUUCGUGACCUUCAUCAUAAUUGUGACCUUCACCCUGGCCAACAUCUUCAUGUCAAUACUGCUGGAUACGAUGGACUUGCUACAAAGUGACAAGAAUGGAGAGCUGGAUCUUGAACUGACGACAUUCCUGUGGCAUUCUGCUAAAGAAAUCAUAACUAGAAGGCAAAACGACAAGACCCUGAAGCCUAAAACUAAGUCUCGUCGGCUGACCACCAAGACAUUUUCGAAACCAGAAGUUCAGCCAUAACUGUGAAGUCACCUGCUUUAUUUACUCUGACGUCAUCAGCUCUUUACAUUGUGUUAUCACCUGCUCUAUGUACUAUGACGUCACCUGCAGUGUUCACAUUGAUAAUUGAGACACUAUUCUUCACACUUCGCUCCAUCAUCCACAGAUAUUUGCACUAAUCUACUGACACUAUAUAUUUCCUUUAUUGUUACUACUUUUGGAACAAGUAUUGUUACUACUUGGUGGAACAAACAUUGUUUCUAUGUUGGAGCAAAGACAGAAAGUGAUGAUGCUAGUUCUUUAUUACGAGGUUGAGGGCUUGGAGGGGAGUUUUGGGCCUGGUAAUCACUAAAUUUUAAGCAGUUUAUUUUAUAUUAAUCUGUCAUUGGUGAUUCUAUUAACGUAAAAGAAGAUAUGUAUGCAGAUAUUCAUGACAAAGGGGCCAUAACUCCUGAAGAAAUGUUUAAUAUUAGGGUUUUUUCGUUGUUUAUGGUUCUUUUAUAUAAAUUAAUAUUAAAUUAGUUUCCCACUCAAACAAAUUUAAAUUGUGUAGCAAAAUGUUGACAUUAAUAAUGUUAUAUUUAACAUCGGGAAUUGGUUUUGCUUAUGUCGAUAAUCAGAUUGCAACAUGGUUUCCACUUUUUCUAUAUUUCCUACCAGUCAUUUGUUCCGGGGGUGAGGGGGGUUCGGGGCGCUGUGUACACAAUUAAUUGCCAUUUGUUAAUAUUAGUUAAGCUGAUUAUGGCCUUGUAUAAAUAUUAACAUGUAAAAAUAAAAUAUGUUUAAAAUAAUAAAAUAAUAAUAAUAGCAAUGAAAUAAUGUUUUAAUAAGAAUACAUAAUUAAUGUUUUAUAUAAUAAUAAUAAGAAGAAGAAGAAGAAUAACAUUAAUAAUAGUAAUAAUAUGAAGCAGUCUAAAUAUUUUAAUCACUGGUCCUGAAAUGUCAAUAUAUUUGCAUUUGUAUAUAUGGGUUUAUGACCUUACACACAACACAAUAAUUUAACUGAAUUCAAUAUUAAUAUUUAUAGCUUAUGUAUUUUUAUUAAACAUUACUAAACUAAAUGCAUAUUACGUAUUAAUAAUUUGGUUGCAUUCACAUCUGAUAAAUCAUUUUUAUUCCAUCCAGAACUUUUAUUUUAUUACAAUUUCUACGUGAUACUGACUUUUAUUCUAAAUUUUAAUUUGACCUAUCUGUGAUAUUUGUAUUUUAUACAGUUCUUUACACUGUGU